CCCGCCUCCUCCUUUCCCCCGCCUUCGUGGCCCCCUCCCCCCCAAGCCUCAGGAAGUCUCGCGAUGGAGGGAGGAGGCGGUACACCCCCGGAAAUCCUUGAAGAAAGGCAGUCAGGAUGUGUUUUACCUUCAAGUCUCGGAGCCAGCAGUUUGAAGAAGAGCAGUUGGGGGUUCUUAUUUACUGGGAUUGUUGGUGGGACGCUGGUGGCCGUGUAUGCCGUGGCCACACCGUUUCUAACACCAGCCCUCCGAAAAAUUUGUUUGCCUUUUGUACCUGCAACUACAAAGCAGAUUGAAAAUGUUGUGAAAAUGUUGCACUGCAGAAAGGGGUCCCUGGUCGACAUUGGCAGCGGCGACGGGCGUAUUGUGAGUUACGCUAAGACACUUGAAGCUUUCGGACUAGAGGUGAUAGCGGCUGCAAAAGAAGGAUUCACAGCCGUUGGUUAUGAAUUAAACCCAUGGCUGGUUUGGUACUCCAGAUACCGUGCUUGGCGAGAGGGGGUGCAGGACUCUGCCAAGUUUUAUAUUUCAGAUUUGUGGAAGGUUACUUUUUCGCAAUACUCAAACGUCAUUAUUUUCGGUGUGCCUCAGAUGAUGCCGCGGUUGGAGGAGAAACUUGCACUGGAACUUCAGGAUGACGCCAGAGUCAUUGCUUGCCGGUUCCCUUUCCCUCGCUGGACCCCAGACCACGUCACCGGGGAGGGAGUGGACACCGUGUGGGCCUACGAUGUGAGCAGUGUGAGAGGCAAGAAGCCCUGAAGACCCGUGCAUUUCUGGUCGCUCAUUGAAAUGUAGACUUUAUUGAGCACGAUUUCCCAAGUAUUGGUGGUCUUCGAUUUUAUAGAGACUUCCAGCUGUGUUUUCAGCAAAGAGUAUAUUUUUCUUCAGUAUGGAAUGAAAAACUGCUAUUACUUUCCUUAACUUCUGGAAGACAAGCAGAAGUUAAGAACAGCAGGUAGAUUUAAAGUCCCUUUUCACGGUAUAUUCAAAAAAGUGGCCUUACUUCUUUUCCAUGCACUCAGACGUAUGAAAAUAUGAAUGAGUGAUAGUCACAUUGAUGUGCGGGAAAGAUGUGAACAGCUCUUCACAUUAUGAAAGAUAUGAUGUAAUGCCAGAGGUGAAAAUAAACACUUUUUAAAGAG